AUGUCAAAGAUUGCGAAUCUUGAUUUCAGUGCUUUGAAAAGCAAUGGUGACAACUACCUGGAAUGGGCGCUUGAUGCAAAGAUCAUGCUGCGAUCAAAAGAUCUUGGUGACACAAUCACCAAAGACAACAAUUCCAGUGACAAAGACAAGUAUAGAGCUAUCUACAUGAUACGCCACCAUCUCCAAGAGAACUUGAAAACUCAGUACAUGACCAUGGAAAAUCCAUAUGACCUUUGGAUCGCUUUACAGCGAAGAUAUGACCACCAGAAAACGGUGUUGCUUCCAAAGGCUCAAUAUGAUUGGAAACACAUAAGGUUCUUGGACUACAAAUCAGUAGACGAGUACAACUCAGUCCUGUUCAGAAUUGUGUCCUUGUUAAGGUUAUGUGGUGAAAAAGUAACCGAGGAAGAGAUGCUUAAUAAAACUCUCUCCACGUUUCCUCAAACCAACAUGGUAUUGCAACAGCAGUACAGAGAGAGGAAUUUCGCCACAUAUACUGAGUUGAUAGAAUGUCUCUUGUUGGCUGAAGCUAACAACGAACUGUUAUUGAAAAACAGUGAGAUGAGACCUCCUGGUACAGCUCCAUUACCCGACAUCUCUAAGCUGGCUAUAGAGCCAAAGAAAGAGAGUAACCUUGUCCAACACAAUGACCAUCCCGGUCCAAACCGUGGAAGAAGUCAAGGACGAGGUCGUGGUUCUUUUAAAGCACACGGGCGAGGACGUGGUCGCGGUACCACACCCGGCUUUAGCCGUGGUCGUGGCCGAGGCCGUAGUGUGUCUUUUAAACCACAGAUCAAAGCUGAUCGAUGCCACAGAUGUGGUAUGGGUAAUCAUUGGGCAAAGAAUUGCCGAACUCCUAAGCAUUUGUGUGAGCUUUACAUGGAGAGCUUAAAAAGAAACCCGGAAGCUAACAUGGUUCGAGACCCGGGAUAUGAUGGUGAUGAUGAUGAUGAUGACUUGGAAGACGUCCAGGAUCACCAGCACGAGUCAGACAAAGUUGAUCACAUGGAGUUUGAAAGUUCAGACAUACUAAAAUAA